ACAGCCUUAUCAUGUGUUUGAAUCUGUGAUUCCUUUUCAAAACACAUAGCAAUAGCAAUGUCUUCAACAAAUUAAGAUAAAUCAAAAGGGGAGAAUAGCCAUUAAACGCGUAUUGCAGACAUGAUCGAAAAGUCAAGCAGUUUGUGAGGGGAAAAAGGCGCAUACGUUUCCAAAGACCUAACUUCAUUGAAGUCUUAUAAAGUAACUUUUGAUUUUAAAUGUUAUAAAAUACGGACGGCAAACUUAUGAAAGCGCUAGUAAACUCGGACCGGUGCUGCAGAUGGGCGGCAUAGGCAGGACUUUUUAUCUCAAUAUGUUGAAUGGAACCGACGCGCAAAGUUUCGCUAAAGACACAGAUUUAAACAGCCACCUGCACCGCAACCGGGACCUACCGGACUUUAAAAUGGGCAUUCAAGACACGAGGUUUUAUUAUCAGGACUCGAUUCAAAACGGACAGGACAGUUUGUCUUUGCCCUUCCACGCCGAGCACCACCAAAGCGUCUCUGGCGGAUUCGGGGCGCAGGCGGGGAGGUUUUACGCACCGGCUGCGCUCGGCAGCUGUCACUUCAACACCCGCAGCGGCACGGGACACGUAGCGGAUGCAUAUUCAACAAACGGCAAAGACGUUUUUCCAAGCAGCGCAGACGCGUACCCGGCUCCUUUUCAGCACGGAUACCCGCGAACACCGAUGUACUCCUUACCUGGUCUACAGGUGUCGGGGAAGACCCAAGUCCUUCUCAACAACUAUCCACUAUGGGCAAAGUUUCACAAAUAUCAGACAGAGAUGAUCAUAACAAAACAGGGACGGAGGAUGUUCCCUUUCCUCAGCUUCAACAUCAGCUCUCUGGACCCAACGGCUCAUUAUAACAUAUAUGUCGAUGUGGUUCUCUCCGACCAGCACCACUGGAGGUACCAAGGAGGCAAAUGGGUUCAGUGUGGAAAAGCAGAAGGCAACAUGCCAGGAAACAGAAUGUAUAUGCACCCAGACUCUCCCAAUACUGGAAAUCACUGGAUGAGACAAGAAGUUUCCUUUGGCAAACUGAAACUCACCAACAACAAAGGCAGCUCAAACAAUGUUGGACAGAUGAUAGUGCUCCAGUCACUUCAUAAGUACCAACCGCGUCUACACAUUGUGGAGGUUAAGGAGGAUGGAACGGAAGAUCCCUUUUUGACCGCAAAAACCCAGACGUUUGUGUUUCCAGAGACCCAGUUUAUCGCAGUCACUGCUUAUCAGAAUGCAGACAUCACUCAGCUGAAAAUAGAUCACAACCCUUUUGCUAAAGGUUUCCGGGACAAUUAUGACACGCUGUACGCACCACCUGAAUCUGACCGCCUUACACCUUCCCCAACGGACGGCCAGCAGCUCCUCCCGGGUAGCUGUUACCCUCAUCAGCCCUACCUGUCUGACCAAUACAUGAGCCCUCUCCCUCAAAGUCGGUUUUAUGGUCGUGAGCCUGUCAGCAUGGCCCAGGAGUGUCCCAAAGACCCUACCACAAGCCCUCACAGCCGCUGGUACCUACCAAGCCAGCAGGGGGUUCCUCCCAACCGCCUCGACUUUAAUGCGUACGAUAGCGAAUACCCUUCAAACAAUCUCUACAAACCCUUUCCGAUUCAGUCCUCCCCCCACCACCCACUUGGCUACUACACUGAUAGCCCCUUCGGCACUGGUCCUGUGUGUGGUGCCAGCCCAGGUGCGUGGAGCUCAGGCAGGCCCUCACCACAGUACCUUAACCAUCCCCACCACGGUAAACCCGGGUCUAGCCUCAGCUGGCUUCGAACCAUCUCUUCCUCGACUACGUCAUCUUCUCCUUCGGCUACAAACUCCCGGUUCCAUCCAUCCCCGUCGCUUCUGGAGCCCCAGCGUCAGCCGCUGCUCCAAGACAAGUCCAAAGAGUCUGGGGAUGACCCCUGGAUUGAAACCCCCUCGGUAAAAUCAGUGGACUCUGGUGACUCGGGUCUGUUUGAAGGAGCGGAGAACAAGAAGAGGCGUGUAUCACCUUACACAUCCAGCACUGAGAAUUCCCCUCCGAACCGCAACACAGAGCCUUGCGAAAAGGAUAACUGCAGUGAUGCGGGCUACUACGGCUUCUACGCUCACUGAAGACCACAAAUGGGUUUGAUAUAAAGGAAUACAGCCAACUGGUUUUUCAAAAGCUUCACUCUAGAAGAGUGCAAGGAUGAAUUGAUCUCAAGUUGUGCUUGUAGCACAUUCACAAGCCCAUCCGUUUUUCCCUACAACGCACCAUCUCCGUUCAACCCAACAGAUUCACAGCGUACCCAAACCAGUUUUUAUUACCGUGCCAGACAGCACAAUAAUCUCAGUCUGCUUCGUGUUAGGUGGUCCCUUUGUGCUUUAUGUUUCCUGUGUUAGUUGUCUGGGGGUAAGGUCAUCUGGAGGUGUACCGAAGGUCACGGUGAGACGAAGCGACAGCUUAAGAGCCGAGACGAUGUGACUGCAUUGAGACACUGGCCUGGAGACACAGACAGACAGACCUGUGCAACUUCAGACGUUUCAGCAGCUGAAGAUUUCACAGCGCACCUGCUGACACUCCCCCAAAGGAACUGUCUCGUCCCCCUCAUCAAACGAACGAAAAACACCUUGCAAAACCCACGCAACGCUCUUUCACACGUACAAACGUACGAUCAAAUAGUUUGUCACAUUCUCUUCUGUCCUUAAAGCGACCGUUUGCCCUAAAAAUGAAAACUCUUAUUUAGUCAAUGUCAUGUCUUCAAAACAGUUUUAUUGACUUUCUUAUGAAGGGAUAUUUUAGCAGAAAGACCAAACUGCUUCUGUGAAAUCAAAAAAGUGGAUGGGCACUACGGAUAGCAGUGGUCACCAUUCACUUCCAUUGUGUUUGAAAUGACAUGAGGGAGAAUAAAUCAUUUUUAGGUCCAUAUAAAAUGAUGUCAUUGAUGAUAUAUUUAACUAUAAACCACACCAGUACAGACAAUUACUUACAGGUACUGUAUCAUAUCUUUGCAAUCCCAAAAUGCGUUCCCAAUAAGCAUAAAGCCAUGGCCACCCAGACACCACAUGCUGAAAUAAAAUAGCCAGUGUCUAAAAGAGCAUGGCUCUAUGCACCAACUGUGGUUACAACUAUUAUUAGACAGACAUAAUUUGGUUGAUAGGGAGCAUACGUUAAAGUAUAAACACGUUAUGUAGUUUAGAGUUCAUGCCAAAAUACCAGGACUUUUGCAUCAGUCCACUUCGUAUAUGAAGAAAUUGCACAAUACCUCAUAAGAGCGACAGAAACAAAAAACAAAGUACAAACUGAAAGAAUGUUAAAGGUUAAAAAGUGAGAGAGGACAACGGUGUGCAGACUCGGGUGCACGUUCUGCUUGCUCUGUUUUUUAACAGUUUAACAAAUGUCACCGUAUACAAAUGAUUUUUUAUACCAUGACUCCCAUUUAUCUAGAUUAAAAGGACUUAAAAAUGCUAUAAUUUAUUUUUUCAUCUCCAGAGCUAAAACAUUAUUUUCAUCUUAAAAAAGUUAAACUGGCUACAAGCAAAUCUUUUAACCCUUGCGAGUUUAAUUUAUCUGAUCUGACCUGUAACAAGGACAUACUUAAAGAAACAGCGUCACACCUCCAGGCGUCGCGUAUGACAGCAUGCAGACAGACAGGGUGGAAAAAUGGACACCUGGCAGGGGCUUCAAACUGACUAUACAUCAUCUUUAUUCAAUCAACAUAGUAACAUGCAGACAGCCCACACAUAGACGUCAAAGACGCGAUGUAAGAAUAAGCCUUCAGUCUGAGCCUAUCAGGCACGCCUGGCAUUCAGAGGUGAGAACGAACCCAGAUAGAUAAGUGGGUGAAGACAGCACUGCAUAGGUUAUGCCAAACAUCACAAUCGUACAUUUACUGAAGUUUUCUGAGUCUUCCACAUCACACACAAAUGAUAUUCAGGUACACUGAUAAAACAUAUGCCGAGGGGGUGACAAAUAAAUUGAGGAUGUAAAGCUAAAACCAUUGAUAUCCUACACUAUCUGGAAAAAAAAUGGUCAUGAAUUGCUGUCACUGGGGCGGUACCCAUCCAAAAAGUACCUAAAUAGUUCAUAUUAGUAACUCCAAAGUGGUACCAAAUACAUUAUGUACCAAGGACCUUUUAAAAGGGUAGU